CUUUGGUUUUUGUUCCAUAUGCGUUUUAAAAUACACUUGACAUUUUCACUACAUCAACAAAUGAUGAGGAUUUCUCAUAAAUGGGAAUAGCUAAGAGAUUAGGCUCCAAGGAUUUUGGGGUCCAAGAGGGAUAUGAUUCGGCUUUACACAGAAAUUCAACUGAUUGUCUGUGUUUCUUGCUCGUUCCCUCAGGUAUCGAGAUGUUCCAUCAGUCUCUAGAACGGGCGGAGGCAGGCGAUAACAUGGGCGCUCUGGUUCGCGGUCUGAAGAGGGAGGACGUCAGGAGAGGCAUGGUGAUGUGCAAACCGGGAUCCAUCCAGCCACACCAGAAGGUCAAAGCUCAGGUCUACCUCCUGAGCAAAGAGGAGGGCGGCAGACACAAGCCGUUCUGCACAAACUUCAUGCCGAUCAUGUUCUCUCACACCUGGGACAUGGCUUGUAUAGUAGAGCUGCUUCCGGGGAAGGAGAUGGUGAUGCCGGGAGAGGACGCGUCUCUGAUCCUGGCCCUCAGACAGCCCAUGGCUCUUGACAGAGGCCAAAGGUUCACACUCAGAGACGGCAACCAAACCAUCGGCACGGGACUGGUCACAGAAAUCCUCCCCAUGACAGAGGACAACAAAUACAACUGGGGCUGAGAAAGAUGACAGGAAAAGAGGAAACUCUUUGAGACUCUGGUGUCCGAAGCCUUUUUGGACUGAAGUUCUAGAAAUGUCACUCUAGAAUUGAAUUGUGGCCCUGUUUAUAUUGCAAAAUUAAAUCUGUUUGCUAAGGAGGAUGUCUUUGUCCUGAUUGCUGAUGUCUUUGCAAACCCUUAAAAAUGUGCCCACCAAUUUUCUACAUGAAGAAGCAAGUAACGUAUCACUCAGAUUAGAAAUGUGGAACAAUUUGCGUCCAUUUCAGCACGUCACAAUGUUCGAAACAUGCUCUGCUUUCAUUAUCCUCUGUCUCAUCUCAGCUGUCAAUUAUUCACAAAGGGAAAACCAGUACAUUUGAGGAAAGUUUCCAAAUGUAAACUGUACUUGGCUUGUCAUUCCAUGCUGCUCAUCUACAGAAACACAUUGUGCUCUUUUGCUGUCUGUUUUCCGGUCAUCUGUCUAAAAAAUGUAAUAAAAUGUAUUCAA